CCCCAGUCGCACCACCCAGCCUGCCUGUCCGCCAUGUGGAGGUUCCUCGCGCAUGCACGGAUGCCGUCGUUGCAACGCGCGCCAUGCUGGCCCACGGCCCUGUGAUUCGGCCGCAAAUUGCCCUUCUUCCUUUUCGUCGCCUGCAUCCACCAUGGUGAAUUGGUCCAUCAGCUCCCGAGCCGCCUGGCCGUCACAGUAGUGCCGUUCCUUCACAUCCCUUGGUCGCCGUAUAGCAUGCCACCGCUUCCUUGCCUGCACUCUAUGCCCCUCUUGGUACGCCUGCCCUCUUGCUCGCCUAGGCCGUCCUGGCAAGUGAGUUGCAUCUUAGCCGUCCCUCCAGAGUCUCCCACCCAUCCUUCCCAAACCGUCUGUAUUCCUUGGCACCCCAUAUACCUAUGCACAUGCCCCAUGCCUUCCAACGACUCUGAUCUCUGUGACUCCGGACCACCUGACACACCACGCACCACGCACCCUCGACAUAUCUGCUGCCUUCGCCCGACAUGAGCAACUCGCUAUCGCCAUACGACAUGGCCACCAACAUGACUGCAUAUGCUCCCAAUCCAUACCGCACAGCACGAAGCUCCAACAGCCAACCAGGACACCCGUAUCGCGUUGAGAAGCCGCGGAGCAACCACAACAGCCCGCGGACUGUCGAACGCAGAAAGACUACCACGGGAGCAAAGCUCUACGCAACCCUUGACGACCAUUACAACAUGAUGAUGGGCAUCACCAGCAAUGAGGAGAUUGAGCCAAUGGGCGAGCCUGCCAACACUCGUCCAAUGAGCUGGCAUCCCUCAUCCAACCAGUACUACACUCGGCCUCAAUCGACCAUGUUCGAUCAGUCGCAAGACUGGUCACAAACCUACUCGGAUCAAACUUCUGUUCAAGGAUCCGAUUUCUAUUCUUUCUCCGCAAGAAAUUCCAUGGGUGCAGACACCACUCAGCAAUAUCCCACUUACAUGACUGGCUACGAAACCCACCGAGGCUCUCAAGACUCCGACUCCAGCUGGCAGACGCAGCAAUCUCAACAAUCCCAUGUUCACUCUGCAUACUCUACGCCUGCCACAGAACCCAUGCCAUGGUAUCUUCAGGAGUGGGCUCGCAAGAACCAGGAGCAAGCUGCAUCGCAAAAUAACUCGAUGGAUUUCCUCCCUAUUCAGCACCCUACCGAGCCCGAAGAGCAACAGGCCGGCGCAAGCAUGGAAGAUUCCGGCAAAGAGCUGAUUGGCAUGGGUCUCUACGACGUCUCCGACUCCUCCCUUGAUUGGACCUCUCCCCUUGGUGAGGCGACUGGAAAGGGCCUCAAACUUGAAGAGACAUGGCAACCACCCGAGGAGGACGAGGACGAGGAUGACGACGACCAAGAUGAUAAUGCCAGCUCUGACGACGGAGAGGAAGAAUUGCCACCACCUCCGGCACCCGUGGCCCCUGUCGCUUCUGCCAAGGAUCAACCUGCUGGUAACAUGGAAGGACAGAGCUUCUUCUUUGAUGAGGACGAGAACAUUUCCAAAGAGUGGUGGUACCAACACCUCAAGCAGCCUUCCAUGCCAGUGCGGGACGCUGGAUAUGGCUACGGUUGGCUAUGAACGACAUUUCCUAUAUCUAGCAUAGCGUUGGCGUUGAUCUCAUUGUGUGAUCGAGAUAUUGUUGCGAACGGAUACAGAUACCCAAGCCUGCAAAGGCGUGAACACGCGGCAUCGGCCAACGCGUUCGAUCGAUGUAUGUCACAGACAGGAUGUAUGUAGACGAAACAACAGCAUUAGCAUAGCGCAGCCAGCAUGCGAGCAUGCUCAACAAAACUAAUUGUACAACCCACCAAA